GUUGAAUGUGAUCGUUGUAAGGUUCGAUUGUGACUGCGUGGCUUUCCACGAAGCAGUUUCGUUUCGUAUCUUUCUUGAUAUCAUUUGAAACAGGAGUUCGUCGGUAUCGAAGGUUGACAGAAAUUUUUCGUGAUCGGUUGGAUUGUAUCUACGAAGUAAACACGAAAAAAGUGUAAACAAAAUGCCUGCUGCACCCAGUUCUACUUCGGUUGGAGCUGCUGGUCGAUCGCCUAGCAAAGCUAUAGCGCCUAGAACAGGUGGCAGUGGCACUGUUAGGCAAAGAAAGACCACAACAACUACAUCAGCGAGGAGUAGAAAUCCGGGAGCUGGUUCUGGCGGUAUGUGGAGGUUCUACACAGACGACUCCCCUGGUAUUAAAGUAGGACCAGUGCCUGUGCUUGUGAUGUCCCUGCUCUUCAUUGCAUCCGUAUUUAUGCUUCACAUCUGGGGAAAAUACACUAGAUCUUAAAACUGAGAAUGAACUUUAAUUUGUACAAUUGUAAGUGAAAUACCGUUAAAGAAAUGCAUGGUAUAAUAUAUAGGGAAAUUUACAGAAAUUUAAGUUUCUGAUUCU